AUGCUGUUCGCCCGGGAAGGCGCUAAGGUCCUGCUGGUUGACCGCUCCCUGCGGCAGGCUGAGGAGACUCUGUCGGCCAUCCGGGAGGAGGGCGGGGAGGCGUCGGUCUUCGAGGCUGACGUUACCAGCACCGAGAAUUGCAAAGCAAUGGUCGGGGCUGCCGUCGAACGUUAUGGCGGACUGCACGUGCUGUUCAACAACGUCGGAAUCCUGGGCCGGGGAACCGUGGUAGACGUCGAUGAGGACCACUGGGACCAGGUCCUGAACGUCAACCUGAAGUCAAUGGUUCUGACCAGCAAACAUGCCAUUCCACAGAUGGUCGAGGGCGGUGGUGGUUCGAUUAUCAACGUUUCGUCGAUUGCCGGCAUCAGGGCAGGCAGCGGCGGGGCGGCGGUGCCUUACGCCGCUUCCAAGUCCGGCAUCAUAGGCCUUACCGCCACCAUGGCAGUAACCCACGGGCGCGACAAUAUACGGGUCAACUGUAUUGCGCCCGGGCACAUAUACACUCCCAUGGUGGCUGGCGCCAUGGCCGACGAAUUUCGUGACCUGCGCCGCCGGGCCGGACCUUUGGGGACGGAAGGCGAUGCCUGGGACAUCGCCUGGGCUGCUGUCUUUCUCGCCAGCAACGAGUCCCGGUGGGUCUCCGGCAUCGUCAUGCCCGUCGACGCUGGACUGCUGGCAACCACGCCGCUCGCGAUGCUGGACCACCUGCGGUAG